AUGGACUCACAGAUCCACACAUGCGCUCACUGCAGCACAGACCGCAGCAUCACAGACACACGGACACGCACAGAUCAGAGACGGGUCAGACAUUAUUCUCAGCAGAAUUCCCCUCACAGAUCCUCUAUCAGACCAAACAGUCUGUCUGGGACAAAGACAAUGAACAGCCCUGUGUCUCUGUCCAGACUGAAGCUGGGGAAGCUAAAGGUGGUUCGGCGGCAGCUGCUGCAGCGCUAUGAGCACCAGCCGUUUGUCUCGUGUCUGGCCGGUCUGUACGGCUGCCAGUGGAGACGCUACCAGCGCGCCAAAGCCCAGCCGGGGGAAUGCUGCUGCAGUCGGUUGGAGUGCAGUAGUUUCGCUCUGCUCAUCGUAACGUUUUUCCUGACCCUGAUAUUCCUGUACUUCUGGAGUGAGGCGCAGAAUGACUACAACGACUUUGACUGGUUUAACUUCGGGAAGCUGGGCUUCUGGUUCCCGUGGUCGGUGGUGUUGUUGGUGCUCGCCGCGGCUCUCUUCACCUACAUCGCCCUCCUGCUGGUCCUGGCCGUGUGUCUUCUCUCUGAAGGACAGAGGCUUUACCUGCACUGGAGCCACAAGAUUGGUAUCCUGGUGACUCUCUGCUUCUCGAUCAGUGCCACAGCUGUGCUCUCUGACUUACGGAGCAAAGAAUGGACAACGCUGCUCCUUUCUUUUCAGGUCUCAGCGCCGUUUCUCCACGUGGGCGGAGUUUCUCUAAUGACAUUUCUGUCCUGGCCAAUAGCCUUACACUUCUUUCGCAUGAACAAGAGAGCCAGCAAACAUCUAGUUGUUUUCAACAAGAACGGUGGUUCUGGGCUCCGCAGCUGCUGUUAUGACGGCGUCCCGUUCCUGAUGCAUGACCGCACCCUGAGGAGGACGACUAACAUUCAACAGGUGUUUCCCAACCGGACGGACGCGCCAGCAGCCAUGUUCACCUGGCCAGAGCUGGAGAUGCUCAGCGCCGGAUCCUGGUUUCUUCAGAGGGAUCCUUUCGGCACGGUCUCGUCUCUUGAUGCAGACGAGAGGGUUCGGGUCCAGAACCAGACGGUCCCCAGCCUGAAGGACUUAUUGAAUCUGGCUGCUCAGCACGAGAGGCUGGUGAUCUUUGACCUGAGACGUCCCCCUCGAGGACAUCCAUACAGAGACUCGUGGAUCACGCGCACGCUGGAGGUCAUUCACAACGAGUCCUCCAUUAACUCCAGCCAGGUGUUGUGGCUUCCGCCCGAUCAGAGGAGUCUGGUGCAGGAGCUGGACCCGGAGCUGCAGCAGACGUCUGGAGAUCACGCCUCCAUCGAGGAGCUGCAGGAGGAGCACAUCGUCCGACUCAACCUGCACUACAGCUACAUGUCACAGGAGCAGAUCAGAAAGUACGCCUCUGUGAACAUCAGCACUAACCUGUAUGUGAUCAGCCAGCCGUGGUUGUAUUCGCUGGCGUGGUGCGCUGGGGUUCAUUCGGUCACGACGAACGCUCUGCACAACCUCAAGACGCUGCAGCGGCCCCUGUUCCUCAUGACUCCUGAUGAAUACAGUCUGAUGUGGAUCCUGACUGACAUUGUGUCUGCUUUCCUCAUCGCUGCUAUUUUCAUCUUCCACUGGUGGCGUGAGCGAGGUUUGCCGUUCUGGUCGGGCGGCAGACAGGUGAAUGAGAACGGGCCGUACAGCAAGUUCAGGACGGAGCUGAGCGACGUCUGGUCCAUCUCCAGCAUCAGCAUCAGCGUCCACAGAGAGGCUCAGAACUCACCCGUCACUCCCAGCCUGCCCACCAUCAGCGAGGAGCCGCCUGUCUGAAGAUCUGUGCUGCGGAGGAGGAAAGCCUGCGUCCAUUCACAGCUUCAGAGCGACACAGACAGCAAUCUGAGCUCCAAACCAACGGCGGAAGAUGCUUUUCAUAAUCUAGUCUGGACGAGGGUCAAACUUGGAGACACAAGUACAUGACUUUAUGAACACUGAUAUUAAAUGACCCUCCA